AUGGGGAUACCACCCUCGUCCUCAUCCUCCUCCCACUCGCAUCAUAUCCUACCCAUUUCGCCCUGUUCUGAGAUCAUGGUGUCCCAACCAACCGUCUUUUCUCUUGAUUCAUUGCACCCAUUAACCCCAUCCCAAUAUCGUAAUUCUUCCUCGUCGGCAUCCAUGCAGAAUGGUGAUGUAGGUGCGUGUUCCUUGUUGUCUCCCUCACAUUUAACCAAAGAAAACUAUUUGAGGACCGGUGAGUGUUUGUCGCCUUGUAAUGCUCAUAGACGGUCGAAUAGUGAUAUCCCAUUUGGUUUUUCUAGCUUGAUGCAACAAUCUUUCCCGCCCAUUGCUCCGAUCAGAGGUUUGGGUGGUUUGGAGCUGUCAAUGUCUGGUGCAGAAAAUUUAGGGUUGGUUAAGCCAGCUCAGUUGGUUCAAAAGAAAUCUAGCUUGCAGAGAGUCAGUGACAAUAAUGUUGUAGGAGAGCUAGUGGAUGAUUUGUUUUUGAUAUAUAUGAAUUCGGAUAAUAUUGAUGUGUUGAAUUCCUUGGGCACUGAUGACAAGAAUGAGCAUGAGAAUUGUGAAGAACUGGGUAGAGCAAGUGGGAUUAAGACAGGUGACAAUAGUGUGACUGAAGCAGAAAGCAAUGUUAAUGAAAGUGGAGGCAGUAUUCGAAAACUGGGAUUGAAUAUUUUUAACGAUAAGAGGGAAGUGAUAAGGCGGAGUGCAUGGGGUGAUAUAGCACCAACCAGUCGACACCGCAGAAGUGUCUCGAUGGAUUGUUUUAAGGGUAAGUUGCAGUUUGGUGAUGAGUUACAUAGACUGCCACCUUCAUUAGGAACUCCUCCAGGACAAGUUUCACCCAGCAAUUCCACCGGUGCUCCCAGCAAUUCCAUCGAUGCUAAUUUAAAUGCCUUUAGCUCGGAGUUUAGAUAUGUUGAGUUCAGUGAGGCUGAAAUGAAGAAUAUAAUGGCGAACGAAAAACUUUCUGGGGUUGCUUUGACUGAUCCAAAGCGUGCAAAGAGAAUUUUGGCAAAUAGUCAAUCAGCUGUUCGCUCCAAAGAGCGGAAGAUGCGCUACAUUUCAGAGCUGAAGCAGAAGGUUCAGACACUAGAGACAGAAGUAGCCAUACUGAAUGCACAACUUACAUUGUUAAAGUGCUUAUAUUUGAGUACUCUAAAUGAAGCCUUAACUUGGGAGGUUCGACAUUUGAAGAUUGCUACAACUCAUCUGAAUGACUGA